AUGGAUUGGACGGAGCCGAUUCCAGCUUUGUUCCUCUUUAUGCUUAUGGUUUGCUUUGUUUUGAAACUGGGCACUUUCUGGAACAAGAGCUCCCAAAAACUUCCACCAGGCCCAAGGCCUUUACCUCUCAUUGGGAAUCUCCACAUCAUGGAUCUCAAGAGGCCUUAUAGAACCAUGUUAAAGGUAAAGCUUUACAUUUUGUUCUUUUACAGCCUAUAAAUCUCAUCUUUCCUUUGUGUGCAACAGAACCUUCUCUUAUCUUUCCCAAUAACUAGUCAUAGAACCUAGUUGUAAUUUAUAACUGGUAAUUUGAACAAGGUGUCUGGGGGUGUCUGGUGUCGAAUCCCGUUUGACUCUGCCUCCAUUUUCAAGGAUGUAAAAGUGCUAGUACAAACCUUGCCUAGCCCAGCCUCCUCCUUGAACCUAUCUUUCUAAAUUAGAUUUGAGAGGUGCCAUUAAAGGUAUAAUCACUUUUAUCCUUAAAGGUAAAGGGACCCCUGACCAUAAGGUCCAGUAGUGGCCGACUCUGGGAUUGUGGCGCUCAUCUCGCUUUAUUGGCCAAGGGAGCCGGCAUACAGCUUCCGGGUCAUGUGGCCAGCAUGACUAAGCCACUUCUGAUGAACCAGAGCAGCGCAUGGAAACGCCAUUUACCUUCCCGCCGGAGCGGUACCUAUUUAUCUACUUGCACUUUGACGUGCUUUUGAACUCCUAGGUUGGCAGGAGCAGGGACCGAGCAACGGGAGCUCACUCCAUCACAGGGAUUCGAACCGCUGACCUUCUGAUCGGCAAGUCCUAGGCUCUGUGGUUUAACCCACAGCACCACCCAAGUUAUCCUUACAACUGCCUAUUUUUUUCUGGUUUUCUGAGUAUUCCUAGCAAAUAUUUGUGCUGCCACAACUGAAUAAUAAUAAUAAUUUAAUAAUAAUUUAUUAUUUAUACCCUGCCCAUCUGGCUGGGUUUCCCUGGCCAAUCUGGGCGACUCCCAACAGAUUAAUAACACGAUAAAACAUUAAACAUUAAAACUUACCUAAAAACUACUGCCGUCAGGUGUCUUAUAAAAGUCAUAUAGUUGUUUAUUUCCUUGACAUCUGAUGGGAGGGCAUUCCACAGUGUGGGUGCCACUACCGAGAAGGACCUCUACCUGGUUCCCUGUAACCUCACUUCAUGGAGUGAGGGAACCACUAGAAGGCCCUCGAAGCUGGACCUCAGUGUCUGGGCUGAACGAUGGGGUGGAGACUCUCCUUCAGGUAUACUAGGCCGAGGCCAUGUAGGUCUUUAAAGGUCAGCACCAACACUUUGAAUUGUGCUUGGAAACGUACCCGGAGCCAACAGUGGCAUAGCAAGGUCAGGUGAUACCCAGUGUGGGUUUAUUAUCACCCCCCCCACACACACACCUUGAAAUAUAUACAGUGGAACCUGGUGGCACUGUGGGUUAAACCACAGAGCCUAGGACUUGCUGAUCAGAAGGUCGGCGGUUCGAAUCCCCGCAACAGGGUGAGCUCCCGUUGCUCAGUCCCUGCUCCUGCCAACCUAGCAGUUUGAAAGCACGUUAAAGUGCAAGUAGAUAAAUAGCUACCACUCCGGCGGGAAGGUAAAUGGCAUUUCCGUGUGCUGCUCUGGUUCACCAGAAGUGGCUUAGUCAUGCUGGUCACAUGACCCGGACGUUGUACACCAGCUUCCUUGGCCAAUAAAGCGAGAUGAGCGCUGCAACCCCAGAGUUGGUCACGACUGGACCUAAUGGUCAGGGGUCCCUUUACCUUUACCUUUACCUUUACCGUGGGUUAAGAACUUAAUUCGUUUGAAUACCUGACGGCCAGGAAUGAUAAACAAGUGAUAUUAAUGUUUGUAGAUGCGGAAAAGGCCUUUGAUAAUAUAUCUUGGGAAUUUAUGAUAAAGAAUAUUGAAUUAAUGGGCAUUAGACAAUUGUUUAUAAAAGGUAUAAAAGUUAUAUAUAUUCUGAUCAAAAAGCAAAAUUGAUAGUAAAUAAUAUAAUAACUGAAAAUAUUGAAAUUACGAAAGGUACAAGACAAGGGUGUCUGCUCUCACCACUAUUAUUCAUAUCGGUACUGGAAGUCUUUCUAAGGACAAUAAGAGAAAAUGAGAAAAUAAAAGGAAUUUCAGUUGGCCGGAAAGAACAUAAAGUGAAAGCCUUUGCAGACGACUUGGUACUAACUAUAGAAGAACCAUUAAAUAAUGCCAAAGAAGUUAUUAAAGAAAUCCAACAAUUUGGACAAGUAGCAGGUUUUAAAUAAAACAAAAUCAAGACUAAAAUAUUAGUUAGAAAUAUGAAACAAGACUUGGUUGAUCUAUUGCAGGAGGAAAUUGGUAUAGAAGUAGUCAAAAAAGUUAAGUAUUUAGGAAUUUGGUUAACCACAAUGAACAUAGAUUUAUUUCAAAAUAAAUCCUCCAGGCGUGCCUGGAGUUGUUCAGCAACCACCCGCUCAGUCACCUUGCCCAAGAAUGGAAGAUUUGAGACUGGGUGGUAGUUCACCAUAUUAGCUGGGUCCAAAGAUUUAUUUUUUAAUAAGUGGUUUUAUAACCACCACUUUCAGUGGAGCUGGGAAGGCUCCUUAACAGAGGGAAGCAUUCACCACCCCACAGAGCUUUUAUGAGCCAGGAUGGGCAAGGAUGAAGGAGACAGGUGAUCAGUUUCACUGUCCAAGCAGCCUGUCCACAUCCUCAGAGGUAACACAUUGGAAUUCCAGAAAUCUGGCACUCUCCCGCCCUGGUCCCCCUCCCAUGGUGGAGUCUACUGAACUGGGUGAAAAGGCUAAGCUCAGUUCAGUAGACUCCACCAUGGGAGCAGGGCCAGGGAGGGAGAGCGCUAUCAUGCAGCUGUAGCAGCAACUGUUGCUGCUACAGCUAUUAUUAGCAGAUGUCUUGAAGAGCACUGAGGCAUAGACAAUGCUCUUUUACUUUGUCAUUAUGUUAUUUGGAUUCUGUUUUGCAUGGUGAUUUGCAAAGAUACAAAAGGGAAUUCAUUCCACAAAAUUAUUAUUCUUAAGUCAUAUGUUUUCAGCUCGGUCCAAGGCACAAUGACAUGGAAGUAAUUUCUACCAAGUUCAAUAGUAGUGAUUAAAAAAAACCUGGUACUAGUCUAACAGUCAAACUUUGCUACUAGAUUCUGUGGAAUGUAUAAAAUAACCUUGACUCUUAGGUAAAUGUGCAAGCUAAUGCAGUCUUGGUUCUGCCAGAGAUGAUUUACAUUAAUAUAUUUUUGGGGUAUACCAGAACUCUGUUUCUCACUUUUUCUUCUGUUGAAUUCCAGUUGUCAAAGCAGUAUGGCCCUGUCUUCAGCAUCCAAAUGGGACCCCGGAAAACUGUGGUGUUGACAGGAUAUGAGACAGUAAAGGAGGCUCUGGUUAAUCACGCGGACGCAUUUGCAGACAGGCCCAUCGUUCCAAUGUUUCAAGAGCUUGCACAAGGCUUAGGUGAGGCACUUCCCUUUCUAUUGGAACUGGUAAUGCUUGCAGACACACACAGGGCCCACAAGGUGAACACAAUCUGUUCCCAAGAAAUGGUUUGUAGGAUAAGCGUUUGCAAAGCACGUCAUUGAAAUCCAUUGUUUCCUGUGGGGGAAAUCCUUGUGAAUUUUUCAACCAACCUCAGUGCCUUUGACAUUGACAGAGUAUCUGCAGGCAUUAGGCUGAGAAUGUGUCACAAAAAGUGUCAAAUGUGGAUUUCUGCAGAUUACAUGGAAAAGUAAUGCCACACACCAUUUUCUUGCCCAGCCUAUGCAAAGAGGAAACAUGAAGGAGGCAUAAUAUCUGCCCAUGUAAUACAAAGUUCUGCUGGGAUCCCUGACAUGUACAAACCACCCUCUACUCUAUCCUUCACUUUGAAAUGGAAAAUAUUGUUCAAUGUGUUCUCAGUUCUUGCUCUGAUGGCACAGCUGCCAGCUACUUUGUCAAAGCUCAGAAGUCUGAAUGGGAGAAUAGCUGGGAUCCAUUCUCAGUUCCAUGGAAGAAAAGCAGAACACAAUUUAUUGAUAUUUUUGUUCAAUGGCCAUGCAAACAUGAAACCUUUCCUCCCAUUUUUAGGUGUAACUUUGUCUAAUGGUGAGAACUGGAAAGUGAUGCGGCGGUUUGCUUUAAGCACAUUACGGGACUACGGAAUGGGAAAGAGGACCAUAGAGGAUAGAAUUGUUGAGGAAUGCAGUGUCCUGAUAAAGAAAUUUGAAUCUUAUGAAGGUGGGUUGGUGUUUUCCUCUGGUGCAUAGCUACACUACCAUAGUUUAAAGGUGCCAAGACUAUUGUGUUACAUAUUCCUAAAUUCCAGAAGCACAGAUCCCAAGGUUCCCUGCAAUUGGUCUGUUCCUGUAAUGUGCAGAUUGCACUGCAAUAACUCCUGUGACUUCCAAGCAUUUCUUAGCCCAGCUAUGGCCACAUCCAGCAGCACUUAGGAUCAGUUUCUUUGAUAAAUGAGGUCUACACAUAGGUAAGCUGCCAGUAGGGAUUUAAGGCAACAAAGAGCAGACUUAAAAACAAUGCCCUUUCCAUAUUUGGAAUUUCAACAGGAUAUUUUUGUUUAACUGUCUUGUUUAUGUCUAGGUAACCCAUUUGAAACCACCUCAAUUAUGAAUGCUGCUGUUGCCAAUAUUAUAGUGUCCAUACUACUAGACAAGCGAUUUGAUUAUGAAGAUUCCACAUACAUAAGACUUCUGAAGUUGAUCAAUGAAAAUAUCCGGCUUUUCGGAAGCCCUUCAGUCACGGUAAUCUAUUUUUUCCAAUUAAAACAAACAAACAAACAGUUCAUUGUAAUGGCAGUGUGUGCAAAGUGGGGAGGGCAACAUGUUUAUUGUAUAUUGUUCAGGAUUCACUACAAAACACAGAAUAUUGAUAUCUUGAGAUACCUGCUGGUGAUUCAAAAUAUUUAGAAAACUCACACGGCACAGUCAUCUCGUAACUACAACAAAGUCUCUUUUGCAAACACGUGUCAGCGAAGCUCAGAUUCUGACAGGAGGAGAAGAAGCAGGCACAGGGAGAGGACAGUUAACAGCAGAAAGCAGAGAGGAGGGGGAAAGCAGCUGUAAUCUGAGCUCUGACCAAAGGGACAGACAGAGGUGUGAGAACUCCAAUAGUGGGCAAGACAUUGGAAUGCAGGAAAUACUCUCUGCCAAAUCUCGUAGGAUUUCAAAAGUGGCAGAGCUGGGCGAAAGAUACCGGAAGAAAAGGCAGGGGCUUCCAUUCUGGGGAAGGGGGAGGAGCUCAGUCUGGGCGACUGCAUCUUCUGGGGAGGACGAUGAGUAGAGGAGCUCCGUCCUAGUUUGUUGUUUUAGCAAUUAACAGCCAGUGUUGUCUUGCAUUUGUGGGAGAGACCAAGCUGUAACAACACACUUCCUGGCCUCACUGCCAUCGGGACUCCAAGGACAAGGAAGAAGAAGUGAUUGUAUGUUCUAUGAUGGCUCAGAAGGGGCCUCCAAGGGCAGAUCUCCCUCUCUGAAGAUGAACCUCCAGAGGAGAACUGCCAUAACCUAUUAUUCCAGGGUUGCACAUAAAUUAUGCUGUCCUGAGGUAGCCCUAACCCCAUUCCAAAUGCCAUUCAAGAGUUUUGUUUGUAUUUGGACAACCACGCUUUGAGAGACGCAAUUGAGAGAACUGUACUGAGCUUUCCUAAUGUCUCUUUUUCUUUUUUCACAUUUUUAUCCUUUCAGCUGUAUAACAUGUUUCCUGCUCUUGGUUUUCUUUUGGGGGCUCGUAAGACUGUCAUCCAAAACAGAGAUGAGCUGUUUGCCUUCAUAAAUGCCACCUUCAUAAAACACCUCCGAGAUCUGGAUGAAAAUGACCAGAGGAGCUUUAUUGACACAUUUCUUAUCCGACAACAAGAGGUAAUGGAAUCUUUUAAGUUGGAGCAGAAUAAACGUUGACAUUUUCAGUUCAUGUUUUCAGGGUAUAUUUGCAAGUGAAUGCAUAAGGAGUAGUCAGGAAGUCUCACUUCAGAAGGGACCAACCUGGCAUACUUCCUACCAUUUCCCAAUAGUCAGCCAUUGUUAAUGUGUACAGAAGUUGCCUCUGCAGGGGCAAAGGUUGUGUGCUCACCAGCAUUUCUGAAAAAAAAAUCCCUGAUCAAGAAAACUGGAUCAAGGAGCUGGAUUGGCAAGCUUCCCUGAUCUCCACUCUCAGCUGUGACUAUGGAGGAGCAAGACUUUUUGGGGUAUUGAUGCUGAGCCCCUCCAUCUUAGGCUUGGGUUAUAUAUAUAUAUGUAUAUGUAUUUACACGCACAUAUGUAUGCGUGGCGUGCUCUGGUCCAUGGGGUCACGAAGAGUCGGACACAACUAAACGACUAAACAACAACAACAACAUAUAUGUGUGUAAAUAAACCCUAUACCACCAUGAUGGCAUAGUCUGAAAAACCUGGAAUCUCUCACUGCUCAGUGAUUGGGGUGAUAUGAAAUGAUACUUUGGAUCAUCAGGUCCACUCAGUCAUUCAUUCUUAUCUUUGCACAUGAAAUUUUCUCACUCCAUUUGUUUUAACCAGUUCAUACUCUUUGCAUCCCAGGAGGAGAAGAAAAUCAAAACAAAUGCUUAUUUCCACAACAGAAACUUAAUAGUUAUUGUGGCCAACUUAUUUGCUGCUGGCAUGGAGACCAUUUCUACCACACUGCGCUGGGGACUGUUACUAAUGAUGAAAUAUCCUGGAAUUCAGAGUGAGUGUUUUUCAUUGGGUUGGCUCCCAUCAUUCUGAGAAAGCUUAAUUUCAGUUAUAUGUAACUAUCAAAGAGCGAAAAUAUUUAUAAUAUUCAAUCAUAAGUUUAACAUUUUAAUCUGAUCUCGCUUCACCCUCUUUCUGUGGUUCUUUGCAUUUCGUUUCAUCUUCCUGCGUACUCCAAAUUAUCUCAACAUAUACUUUUAGAUAUAUAUUCCCAUAUAUAUCCAAUAUAUAUAUUGAAACUGCAGGUUUUUACAUUAAUCCUGCCAAUGUCUUAGUAUGUUUACAGUUUGCUUGUAAAUAUUCAAUAAACCAUUUCCAUUCCUUUCUUUUUUUUAAAAAAAAUGGUUAUCUUGAUAUAUUAUUCUCACGGUAAGUUUCAACAUUUCUGUGUAGUCCAUCAACCUCUGUAUCCAUUCUUGUCGGGACCUCUUCUUCCUUCCAUUUUUGGACAAAUUACAUUCUUGCAGCUGUGGUUGCAUACAUAAAUAAAUUUAUAUACUGUUUAAAGGUAAAGGUAACGAGCCAGUCGUGACUGACUCUAGGGUUGUGCGCUCAUCUCGCUCAAGAGGCCGGGAGCCGGCGCCGUCCGAAGACACUUCCGGGUCACGUGGCCAGCGUGACGAAGCUGCAACUGGUGAGCCAGCACCAGUGCCACACACGGAAACGCUGUUUACCUUCCCGCUAUAAAGCGGUACCUAUUUAUCUACUUGCACUUAGGGGUGCUUUCGAACUGCUAGGUGGGCAGGAGCUGGGACCGAAAGACGGGAGCUCACCCCGCUGCGGGGAUUCGAACCGCUGACCUUACGAUCAGCAAGUCCUAGGCACUGAGGUUUUACCCACACGCAACCUGCGUCCCUAUAUACUGUUUAGGUAGUUCCAAUCCCAAAAUUCCCAAAAGAAAAGAUUCUGGUUUUCAAAACAUCUUAAACAUCUUUUUCAGUUCAUUAUAUAUCAUUUUCCAGUAAACUUUAACCUUAUUACUAGACCACCACAUAUCAAAAAGGUACUUUCUUUCUCUUUACGUUUCCAGCACAUAUUCAAGUUGGAUUUAUACAUUUGAGCCAAUCUAUUAGGUGUUAGAUACCAUUUAUAUAACAUUUUCAUAUAGCUUUCUCUUAAACAAUAACAUUCUGUAAAUUGUAUAUCGAUAAACUUUCCCAUGCAUCCGUUUCUAUAUUAUUACCAAUGUCUAUGGCCAAGUGUAUUCUUGAAGAUUUCACUUGUUCGUCCUUUGUCUCCCAUUGCAAUAACAUCUUAUACAUUUUAGAUAUCGCUUUAACAUUACAGUUUAACAGGUCUCUUUCUAGGUGUGAUGUUUGUUUCCCAACCCCCCACUUCAUAUCCUUUUUAAAUACUUCAUUCAAAUGAUGAUAUUGUAAUCAUGUUGGUAACAUCUCUGAUAAAUCCUUAUUUUAAUUUAAAUUCUCCACCUUCUCCACUUAAAUUUCCAUGUUGCCCAAUUUUCCAUCAUAUUUUUCUUUUUCACCGCUAUGGCUUCCAAAAGUGAAAGCCAUAGUGGUGUUUUGGUCUCCAAAAGGUUUUUUUACUUAUCCAUACUCUAUACAAUUUUUUCCUGAUUAUAUGGUUUGUAAAACCUUUAUGCACAUUCACAUUUUCAUACCUCAAGUAAGCGUGCCAACAAAAAAAUAUUAUCAUGACCUUCCAAAUCUAAAAUAUGUGGAUUCUUCAAUAACAACCAUUCCUUCAACCAGCACAGACAAGGUGCUUCAUGAUAAAAUCAUAAUAUUACUUCUUUUAAUACAGUUUUCAACCUAUUAGCUAAUUUGUCUGCAAACAGUUUAUAAUCUUUUUUCAAUAAUGAAAUAGGCUGAUAGCUCUUAACCGGCUUUGGAUCUCUAUCUUGCUUAUGAAUCAAAGUUAUGUACAGUAUGCACUCUUCCAGGAUUUGGGUAACUUUCCUGUAUUCUAAGAGUUACUCAUAAUUCUUUUAAAGGCUGUAUUAAGUAAUCUUGUAAUUUUUAUAUUAUAUUGCUGAAAGUCCAUCAUGUCUGGGUGCCUUCCCUAAUUUACCCUGUAAUUUUGCUUGUUGUAAUUCCAUCUAUGUGACAUGUCCAUUAUGAAAUGACAUUUUAUCUUUUGGUAUCUUAGGUAGUUUGCUGUAUUCUAAAUAUUUACCCAUUUCUUCCAAAUUGCCUCAUUCGCCUCAAUAAAGUUCUGUAUAAAAACUCACAAAUUGAUUACUUUAAUUUUUUACAUGUUUAUAAAUUUUAUUAGUAUUUUCCACACAACAACAACAACAUGAAAAAUAUCGAAAAAUAACAAUACACAAAACCAACAUACAAAAAAUCUUUUUUUUUAAGAAUAAUUUUUUAUUAACUGACCAAUCACAUCAAAUCAAACCAAAUUACAUAAAUUCCAAAUUACAGAGCCGAAUUUUAAAUUUUUGUUGGGGUUACCCAUAUUUCAAGUUCCGAAGGGAUCCAAUCAACUUCUUGCUUCUUACUGCUGUUUUAAUGUCCACAAAUCUAACCUUAUGAUGUUCACAGUAUGAUGUUCCAGUCCUUUCUUAUUAUUUUUCCACAUCUCUUGUUGUUAUUUUCAUAUAUUUUUCCUUUCUCUUUGUGACCUCUGAUAGUCUCCGCAAGCUGGUUAGAACAGUUUGUAAUCCUGUGUGGAUAUUUUUUUUUAUUAUCCAGUAGCCAUAUCCAGACGUUUUCCAUGUAACAUCACUUCCAUACAUCAAAACAGUCUUAGCAUCAUUAAUCUUCACCAAUCUGCCUCCUUUCUCAAAACCCCUGAGGAGAUUCACUAGGAAUGCAGUCUGAAAACAAAUCCGUUCUUCCUUCCGGCUGUAAAUCCUUUGGCAAGAUGGUGACUCCGAAUUAAUUGCUGCGCCAUUCCCAAAAGCUCUUAUUGCUUCUCGGUCUCCAUAAAGCAUACUUUUGGUUAAAGUUUAUCUCCACACAGACCUUAAUCAUCCUGCUUGGGUCAGUUCAACCGACAGUUCUAAUGAGGUAACUGAUUCCCUUUCCAGUAUUUAGCCACCAGGAUUCUUGCUGCCGACGUUGCGUAUAAGAAAAAAAUAGUUUUGUCUUUUGGAAUAUCAUCAUUUAAAAUCCCUAAAAGGAAUGCCUCUGGCCUUUUACUAUAUGAUCUUCUUAGUAUUUUCUUUAUUUCUUCGUGGAUCAUGCUCCAAAAUUUCCCAAUUUGGGGGCAAGUCCACCACAUAUGGUAGAAGGUUCCUUUUAGUUUCUUACAUCUCCAGCACUUAUUAUUAUAUGUUUUAUUCAUUUUUGCCAGCCUUUAAAACAUUUUAUCCCAAUAAUUAUUGGGAUUGUCUGGAAAAGGAAGAGCAUUUUUGGGAGAAUUGACAUUUUUAUCAAGGAUAUCCUACCCCAUAAAGACAAGUUCAAUAUAUUCCAUUUAUUUAAAUAUCCUUUUAUUUCCUUCCACUUAGUUAUCCUUGUACAAACUGGUAUUUUUUUUUGUGAUCCAGAUCCCCAAAUACUUAACUUUUGUGGUGAUUUUAAGGCCUGUUACCCUUUCCAAUUCUUUCUGUUCCUUUACCCUCAUAUUUUUCUUUAAUAAUUUUGAUUUUUCUUUAUCUAACUUAAAGCCUGAUACUCCUCCAUACUCAAACAAUUUCUUUAGGGCUUCUUGUAUACUUUCUUCUGGAUUUUCUGUAAUAAUAAAAUGCUUUAACUUUAAAUUGUCUAUUGCUUAGACUAAUCCCCUUGAUUUUUAGGUCCUUUCUUAUCGCUAUUAGGAGUGUUUCCAGCAUCACAAUGAACAAAAGUGGGGAUAGAGGACAUCCUUGUCUGCUGCCUCUUUCAAUUUGGAAUUCUUCAGUUAUUUCAUUGUUAAUUAUUAACUUAGCUUUCUGGUUUUCAUAAAUCGCUUUAAUACCAUUCAAAACUUUGUUCCCAAGUUUCAAACUUUCCACGGUGUGGACCAGAAAAUUCCAGGCCACACUGCCAAAGGCUUUCUCCGCGUCUACCAGUAACAUUGCCACCUUUUUACUAGGUUUCAUAUCAAUAUAUUCUAGAAGAUCAAUCACUACUCUUGUAUUAUUUUUUAUCUGUCUCCCAUUCUGAUCCUUGCCUAUUAUUCUGUUCAAGCAUUUUUUCAAUCUAUUUGCUAACACACCUGCAAAGAUUUUGUAAUCAAUAUUCAAUAGUGAAAUUGGCCUGUAGUUCUUUAUAAUGUUUGGGUCCAUUCCUUGUUUUGGUAGUACAGUGGUUCCUCUGGUUACGUACUUAAUUUGUUCCGGAGGUCCGUUCUUAACCUGAAGCUGUUCUUAACCGGAACUACCACAUUAGCUAAUGGGCCUCCUGCUGCCGCUGCUGCACGAUUUCUGUUCUCAUCCUGAAGCAAAGUUCUUAACCUAAGGUAUUAUUUCUGGGUUAGCGGAGUCUGUAACCUGAAGCGUAUGUAACCUGAAGCGUAUGUAACCCGAGGUACCGCUGUAUGGUUAUCAACGCUUCAUGCAUGCCAAGAGUCAGAUGUUAAGUUGUGGGUGAACAUAUCAGACGACACAGCGGUUCUUCAAACAGCUCUUGUUUAUUCACAGGCCAGGACAGAACUGAACUGAAGGGUUCAGCCAGCCUGCUUAUAUAGAGCUCCACUAGAACGCAACAGGAACCACUUUCUGUAACUAGCCAAUCACUGAACGUCACUUUCGAUCCCUUAUUUGCAUAUGUGGACCUGAACUAUCUACAGUAUCCCCUUGCUGGCCCAGGGUGAGAACUUCAGUACAUAACAUCAGGGAUUUUCCCUUCUUCCAUUAUCUCAUCCUUUUAAGUCUAGAGAUUACUACUUCUUCUAGUUUCUUGUAAUAAAUAGUCAGUAUUCCGUCUGGGCCUGGUGAUUUCCCAGUUUCCAUUUUCCUUAUCACUUCUCUUAUUUCUUCCGAGCUUAUGCACGAGUUUAAAUUGCUAAAUUCCUUACCAUCUAUUUCAGGGAUUUUGUUUUCUCUUACAUACUCUUUAAUUUUAUUCUUAUCCUUACCUUCCAAUUCAUAUAUUUUUUUUAUAAAAGUUCCUAAACAUCGUUUUUAUUUGGUCCGGAUCUGUAAUUUCUUUUCCUUGUUCAAUAAUCUUAUUAUAACCCUAUCCGCUUGUUUCUCCUUAGUUAACCAAGACAACAUUCUACCAGGUUUAUUUGCCGAUUCAAAAUACCUUUGUUUUGUCCAUUUGAUCUUAUUUUCCACCUCUUUGUUUAUUAAAUUAAUUAGUUGGGAUUGUAGAAUUUUAAUAUUUUGGAUUAUACUUUCUUGUUUUGGAUUUUUCAACAAUUCUUUUUCAUUCUCCCUUAUCUGUUUAUUGAUUUCCAUAGUAUCAUUUGCUUUAGUCUUCCUUAUUCUUGCCAUUUGUUGUAUUGUAUUGUUGUAUUCCAAUUCCUCUCAUAUAGGCUUUACUGGUAUCCCAAAUGAUUUUCCUGUCAGUCCCAUGUCUCUCAUUAAUUUCAAAAAAUUCCUUCAACAAUUCCCUCAUUUUAUUCACCUUUUGCUCAUCUCUCCAUACCUCAUCAUUCAUCCUCCACCUCCCUCUCGUAUGUUUUUUAAAUUUUAUGUGUAUAGUAACUGGAUUAUGGUCUGAGAGAGAUUUGUUCAGAAUCUCUGCUUUUACCAAGCUCAGUGUCAAUUUCUUAUUUCUUUCAGAUUUUCCACAACUCUAUCUCCUACAUUUAUUCUAUUAAUGCAGGUUUUUUCUUUAUUUGCCAAGCUAAUAGUUUCCCUGGCUUGUCAGCCUGUUGAAAUUGUUUCUGUUUUAAAUAUUUAAUUUUCCACUCUAUUUCUUGAUCUAUUAUCAUUGAAUAUUGCAUUUGCAACAUCUUGAUUUCCUGUUUCACUAUCUCUUUGCAAGGAGAAUUCAUUAAUUCUUUUCCUUUUAUUUCUUGUAAAAAAUUCUUGCUUUUUCCUGCUCUCUUUUAUUUCUUGUCUAUGCCCUUUGGAGUGUAAAAAACGCCCCCACACUACCACUUUACUUGCAUCCCAUACCACCUUUAAAUCUGUCUCUUGGUUUAAAAUACAGUGGUACCUCAGUUUCCAAACAUCUUCGUUGAGGAACAUUAUAGUUUUAGAAUGGCUUCCACUGAGUGUAUGUUAUUUUUCUCAGUUUUCUCUAUUAAAUUCCCAGACUGCCAUUUGUGACUCAGUUUUUGAAUGUUUCAGAACUUGAACAGUAUUCCUGAACAGAUUAUGUUCGAAAACUGAAGUACCACUGUAAUUUCAAAAUAACCUCAGGUUAAGAACGGUUUCAGGUUAAGAACGGACCUCCAGAAUGAAUUAAGUUCGUAACCAGAGGUUCCACUGUAUUCCAAAGCUUUAAAUAUAUAAAGUCCUAGGAGACAUUGUCAAAUGCUUUCUCAGAGUCUAAAAAUAUUAAAGCUGCCCGUUUUUCAUUUCUCACUACUAAAUAUUCUAUUACAUCAAUUAUGUUUCUAUUAUUAUUAUUAUCUUUCAUUUGUCUUCCCAGCAAAAAUCCAGCCUGAUCUUGAUGGAUUCCCACUUUUAAUACAGUUUUCAACCUAUUAGCUAAUAUGUCUGAAAACAGUUUAUAAUUUUUAUUCAACAAUGAAAUAGGUCGAUAGCUCUUAACCUGCUUUGGAUCUCUAUUUUGCUUAUGAAUCAAAGUUAUGUAUGCACUCUUCCGGGAUUUGGGUAACUCUCCUAUAUUCAAAGAGAUAUUCAUAAUAUCUUUUAUAGGUUGCAUUAGGUAAUCUUGUAAUUUUUCUUAUAAUGAAUUGCUGAAACUUCAUCAGAUCCAGGUGCCUUCCCUAAUUUUGCGUGUAAAAUAGCUUGCUAUAAUUCCAUCAUUGUGACAGGUCCAUUAAGAAAUGAUGUUCUUAUUUCUUUCGGAUUUUCCACAACUGUACCUCCUGCAUUUAUUCUAUAAAUGCAGGUUUUUUCUUGUUUCUUCUUUAUUUACCUACAUAAUAGUUUCCCUGACUCGUUAGCCUUGUCAAAUUGUUUCUGUUUUAAAUAUUUAAUUUUCCACUCUAUUUCCUUGUUUAUUAUCAUUGAAUAUUGCAAUUGAAACAUCUCGUUAUCCUGUUUCACUAUCUCUUUUUGAGAGGGAUUUAUUAAUUCUUUUCCUUUUCCUUUUAUUUCUCCUAAAAUUUCUUGUUUUUUUCUGCUCUCAUAUUUCUUCUGUAUGUGCUUUGCUGUGUAAAAAAAACCAAAAAACACCCCACAUUACCACUUUAUGGGCAUCCCAUACCACCUUUGAAUCUGCCUCUUGGUUCAAAUUAAUUUCAAAAUAACCCUUUAAUUUUUUGCCCCUUUUCCUAAUAUUUCUUGAUCAUUUAAUAAAUUUUCAUUUAGUCUCCAUCUCUUCGGGAAAUUUGUCCCUGUUCUUAAUUCCACUAUUAUGGAGUCGUAGUCUCAUAAUGUUCUUGAUAGAAUUUCUGCCCUCUUUACUUUAGAAUACAAAUCUUUAGAAGUGCAUACAGAGUCUUUUCAGCUUGCAGAAUAAUUCGCAGUCAAAUAAAAUGUACAUUGUCCUUUGGGUGUUUUUCUCUCCAAAUGUCAAUUAAACUUAAAUUGUCAGUCAUCCUAAAAAAGGCAUUCAGUAGCUUCUUUUGUUUCAUUUUUUCUCACAGUCCUGUUCCAAUCUAGGGAGGCUACACCAUUCAUAUCGCCCAUCCAAAUCACCUUUUCAUUCAAAUGUUCAAAUAAUAUUUCUUCCAGCCUCUUUUAAAAAUAAUAUUUUUUUUCUCAUUAGGUGCAUACACACCUAAUGCGUUAAUAAUACUUUUUCUCCAUGUGAUGGUAUCUAAGUUAUCAAUAUUCUUCCUUGUUCAUUUUGAAUAAUUGCUUUGGGUCCAACCCUGGUUUUAUACACAUUACAACUCCUCUCUUAUUUGUUGUAUCAGAAUGUACAAAGUCAUUCCUACCCUUUUAUUUAACUUUUAUUUAUCCAAGUUUAACUUCUUUGCAACAUGUUCAAUUUUAUUCAUUUAGUCUUAUUAUUUAGCCUAUUUAUAUUUCAAGUUAGAAUUUUCAAAACCAUCUUGUUCCAUAUUUAUUUCUCUUUCACCUCCACUUCUGUUGAAUCUUCCUCUUCCUGUCCAGCUUCCCUUCCAAAUGCUCUUUCUCCAGCUAACUCUUGCCCAUAUUUUCUCCAAAAUUUGUCUGGCUCUGUAGGAUCACGAAAUCUUUGUUUUUGACCUUUAAAUGUAAAACAUACCACUUCAGGAUAUUCCCAGCGGUGAUAUUUUAAUAAUCAUCCUGGAUGAAUUUCUCUCCCUCAGUGUAUCAGGUUAUUGGCUAAAAUGUUUGUCCUGUUUUAAAAAUACCUGUAUCAUAUUCUAGAGAUUAAAUUUGUGAGUCGACGGAAUUGGAGAACCAGUUGAUGGCAGUUCUAUGCUGCGGAGAUUAAUAUUUUGAGAGACAAAAGCCAAAAUCAAAGAGAUAAGCUGAGCAGAAAAAUAAACAUUGUUGUUUUUGUUGCCGCCAGUAAAGGUCCAAGAAGAAAUUGCAAAGGUUGUUGGAUCUUCUCAGCCAAGGAUUGAACACCGAACAAAAAUGCCUUAUACGGAUGCCGUGGUCCAUGAGAUCCAGAGAUUUGCCAAUGUUAACCCAACCAACCUACCACAUGCCACGACUACAGAUGUUACCCUUAAUGGCUACUUCAUUCCUAAGGUGAUCCAUUUCACUAAACUGCUGCCCACUAGUUACAAUAUAUUUUAAGGCUUUUCUGGGAGUAAGCCCCUUGGACUUCAGUGUGGGUGACAUCUGUGCAGACUUGUAUAGGAUUGCAUUGUAAGCAUGCAAUCUACCCUUCGGAAGGUGUCAGGCAUCAUCUUCAACCCAUUAAACAGAUCUCAGUGGGAAGGAGAACAAGGUUGGAAAAGAAACCAUUUCUAGUGGGAGAUCAUGGUUUAUACAUUAAAGUUUGUCACACUAAAGACAUUUCUCAGAUGAACUCAAAUCUCAUUUCUCCUACACUAAAUAUUUAUUGUAGAGGAAUAUACUUUAUUUUAAAAUAACUAUUCUUUUGCUUUUGCAGGGCACAUUCAUCAUACCAUUGCUGUCCUCUGUGCUGCACGAUGAAUCUCAAUGGGAGAAACCACAUAAAUUCUAUCCUGAGCAUUUUCUUAAUUCUGAUGGAAAAUUUGUAAAGAGAGAUGCUUUCAUGCCUUUCUCUGCAGGUGAUUUUUUUCUACUUUUGUGUAUAUCUGCAAUGUGUGCUUAGUCAAUGGGAUUUUUACAUGUCUGGAAUGUAGCCUAUUGUGCAAAUGAAAGAAUCACAUCUGUUGCUGUGGCCAUUUCUGCCACUAGAUUUGGCCACCAUUGGUGUGCGGCCCCUGGAAUGUUGCUCACCAGGGAAUGUGGCCCUCAGGCUGAAAAGACCCCCCCAGUUUUCAGCAUUGCAGAAUGGCUAGUAUUGGGAGUUCAUGAUUCUUUUAAGAUGGGCACCGUGAGCUGUUAUUUUAUCUCUGCAUUUCCUUCUGCUUCGAAAUAUUAGGGAUGUUAUAAAGCAACUGCUAAACCCAGUUUCUCUGCUGCCUAUGUUUCCUUACAGGUCGGAGAGCAUGUAUAGGUGAGACUCUUGCCAAAAUGGAGCUCUUCCUCUUCUUCACAAGUCUCCUGCAGAGAUUCACCUUCCAGCCACCCCCUGGAACAUCUCAAGAAGACCUGGACCUUACUCCUGCUGUUGGGCUUACAACACCUCCCAUGCCCUACCAACUCUGCGCUCUGCCACGUUUCUAA